AUGACCAAGAAGGAACACCCCGAAGAACUCAACAAGAGUUCGGCAGUCCAUGAUGAACAUGCCGACAUCAAUGCGCUUGCUCUUCUAUCCUCGGAGGUGAAGUAUGACGCUGGAAAACUCAGGGACCUCAUCCACAACCCCUACGCAUUCGGUGCUGCGUUCUUGGCAUCAUUCGGUGGUUUUUCAUUUGGCUACGAUCAGGGGGUCAUAUCGAUCAUUCUCGUCAUGUCCCAAUUCCGACAGCAAUAUCCCGAAACGUCCCCCGAUCAUGCACACUACGGUUUCAAUGUGGGACUUAUGACUGGGAUGCUGGAAUUGGGGGCUUUCAUCGGAGCCACCAUUCAAACAGCCGCGCAAAAUUAUGCUACAAUCGUGGCCGGUCGAUUUAUUGGGGGGAUUGGCGUCGGCACCUUGGCAAUGGGUGCCCCAUUGUAUAUAUCCGAGAUCUCCCCGCCUGCAUGGCGUGGAUCAUUCUUGGUUCUGGAGGCAAUCAGCAUCGUCAUCGGAGCAAUUGUAUCGUACUGGAUCACUUAUGGAACAAGAUCCAUUCCCAAUGAUUGGGCGUUCCGGCUCCCAUUUCUCCUCCAGAUGUUUCCGGCCCUCAUUGUGGGCAUAGGCAUCCAUCUAUUUCCCUUCUCGCCCCGCUGGCUGGCGAUGAGAGGUCGGGAUCAGGACUCUCUCGGCUGUUUGGCCAGAUUGCGCAGACGUUCUCCGCAAGACGAGAAGGUGCAAUUGGAAUGGAAGGGAAUUUUGUCGGAGGUUCGAUUCCAGCAGGCGCUCCUCGAAAGGGACUAUCCUGACCACGCUCGUCACCCGCUCCUUGUCGGCUUUAAACAGUGGGUCGAUCUCUUUCGACCAAGAUACCUCAGGAGGACUCUUGUUGCCUUGGCCAUUCCGUUCUUUCAGCAGUUUUCGGGGAUCAACGCUUUUGUGUAUUAUGCGCCCACAUUCUUCGAAGCCCUGGGACAGAGCGACAAUGAUUCACUGAUUCUCUCAGGAAUGGUCAAUGUCUGUCAAUUCGUCGGAGGCGUUCCGAUUAUGCUGUAUCUGGAUAAAUUGGGGCGGCGUAAACUGGCCAUCUACGGUGGAAUAGCCAUGGCAAUCCCGCAUCUCGUAAUGGCGGGAUUAAUGAACCGAUUCAGUAGCGACUGGGCUUCACAUCAGGCAGUUGGGUGGUUCUGUGUGGCCCUGAUUUACCUAUAUGUGCUCUCCUACAGCAUCUCGUACGGUCCAUUGGCAUGGGUCCUUCCUGCGGAAGUGUUUCCUAGCUCCAAACGCGCCAAGGGGGUUGGUUCCGCUACGGGGAUGAUUUGGUUGGCCAACUUCAUUAUCGGGGUUGUCGUGCCGGAGAUGCUCCUUAAGCUCGGAUGGGGGACGUAUCUCUUCUUUGGAAUUUUCUGUGUGGCUGCCGCCGUAUUUUCAUUCUUCUUGGUUCCAGAGACAUCGAACAAGUCGUUAGAGCAAGUUGCCGCGGUAUUCGGUGACGAACUCAUUGAUGAGGAGCGGAACCUGCAAAGCCGCAUUGCCGGCGAAGUGUGGCAUGGCUAUGGCAGUCAUGCGGAGAAGGAAGCGCGGGUGUGA